CGCUCAGGGCCAGGUGACACAGUCGUGGGUGCCCGGCGCCGCUUGACAGCUUCAUCCCCGCCCACUGGCAGGAGAGCGCGGCCGGGCAGCACGCGCGCGCGCAGGGUCCUUAAAAGCCGCGGCCGCGCGGAGACGCCGAGCUCGCCCACCGCGCGCAGGCGGCGACAUGCACGUGAACGGCAAAGUGGCGCUGGUGACCGGCGCGGCCCAGGGCAUCGGCCGAGCCUCCGCCGAGGCGCUGCUGCUCAAGGGCGCCAAGGUAGCGCUGGUCGAUUGGAAUCGUGAAGCAGGUUUAAAGUGUAAAGCUGCCCUGGAUGAGCAGUUUGAACCUCAGAAGACUCUCUUCAUCCAGUGCGAUGUGGCCGAUCAGGAACAACUAAGAGAUACUUUUAGGAAAGUUGUAGACCACUUUGGAAAACUGGACAUUUUGGUGAAUAAUGCUGGAGUGAAUAAUGAGAAAAACUGGGAAAAAACUCUGCAAAUUAAUUUGGUUUCUGUCAUCAGUGGAACCUACCUGGGUUUGGACUACAUGAGCAAGCAAAAUGGAGGUGAAGGUGGCAUCAUUAUUAAUAUGUCCUCUUUAGCAGGGCUGAUGCCUGUUGCACAACAGCCUGUGUAUUGUGCUUCCAAACAUGGCAUAAUUGGAUUUACACGCUCGGCAGCGAUGGCUGCUAAUCUCAUGGACAGUGGUGUGAGGCUGAAUGCCAUUUGCCCAGGCUUUGUUAACACACCCAUCCUCAAAUCCAUCGAGAAAGAAGAGAACAUGGGACAAUAUAUAGAAUACACAGAUCAUAUCAAGGAUAUGAUGAAAUACUAUGGGAUUUUGGACCCAUCAAUGAUUGCCAAUGGAUUAAUAACACUCAUUGAAGACGACACUUUGAAUGGGGCUAUAAUGAAGAUCACAACUUCUAAGGGAAUUCAUUUUCAAGAUUAUGAUACAACCCCAUUUCACACGAAAGCUCAGUGAACAUCUUAUAUGUCAGCUUUAACUGAAAAUAAGCACAAAUGACUUAGACCACAUCAUUUGAAGACAGCUUUUUAAAUGAAAUGUUAUCAUUUGAAGCUUUCCUUUCAUGCAUGUGAUGUUCAUUUUUUCUAAAUGAUUAGCUAAGUAUAUAGAUUUAAAAAAUGAGGAACUAUCAAAAAUAUGACAUGGACCAAAGCUAGGUUUUGAUCUUUAUAGUCUAAGUAAUGAUUAAAACAAAGGAUAUUCCAGGAAUAUUCUGCCUUGCAGAGAAUAUAUUUAAAUUUGUGAUUCAUAAAUGUUAAUGUUUUUCAGAACGUCAUUUUAAAGGAGAUACUUGAAUUGUUAUUUAUAUCAAACCAGAUGUGAAAAACUCAUUUUGUUUCCAUGUUCGCACUUUAAAAGAAGGAAGCUACCUACAAUGGCAAAUAUUUAGUAACGAUAACUUUUACUUAUAUACCAUCUUUCAGCUGAAUAUUUCAGCUCUUUGAGGAUGUGGCACCUUUGGGGGCCCGUAGGUAAGGAAUAAAUUACAGUGUGAAUAUAUCCUAAAUGAAAAAUCUAAUGUAUGGAAAAGUGACAGAAAUUAACUGGCUGAGAUGUUAAUCCACAGUUCAGCCUCCCAUCUGGGGAAAACAUUUCUUUCCUCUUUGCUUACUUUAAGAAUUUUGACUACAAAAAUCUCAGGAAUGAAACUUUUAAUAGUUAUAGCAAAAAGGAUAGUUAGUGCUCCUAAAACAUGCUUAUUAAGAAUAAAAUACAAAUGUAAUAUUUUUCAGAUUACUUCUUUGUUUAUUUGUACCAAUUUCAAAAAUGCCUACUUUUCAAUAAAACUUUUUUUUUCUAA